CACCCCCAAAGGCCACUCAUCUGUGCUCUGUUCCUGGUCAUCCUGCCCCCUGCCUGUUUCUGUGGCCCCUUCUGCUGCUGCUGCCCGACAUCCCACCCCUCGGCUUCUCCUCGCCCCAGGAGCUUCAUGACUGUCACCUACACCAACCGGGUGGCAAACGUCCACCUGGGCACCUUCUCCAGGCUCCUGCUUCAGUGGAGAGGCAGCAUCUACAAGCUUCUCUACUGCGAAUUCUCCAUCUUCAUUCUCUGCUACUUCACUAUCAGCAUGAUUUACAGACUGAUCCUCAGUGACAGCCAGAGGCUGCUCUUUGAGAAGCUGGCCCUGUACUGUGAUAAGUAUGCCCAGCUCAUCCCUGUAUCCUUUGUGCUGGGUUUCUACGUGACCCUUGUUGUAUCCCGUUGGUGGAGUCAAUACCAGAGCAUCCCCUGGCCUGACCGGCUCAUGAACCUGGUCUCAGCCAACGUGGAAGGCGAGGAUGAGCAAGGCCGGCUGCUCCGCCGCACCCUGAUGCGCUACGCCCACCUGUGCACCGUCCUCAUCCUGCGCUCUGUCAGCACCGCGGUCUACAAGCGCUUCCCCAGCACCCAACACCUGGUGCAGGCUGGCCUCAUGACCCCUGAGGAGCACAAGAGAUUUGAGAGCCUCAACUCUCCCCACAACAAAUUCUGGGUUCCGUGUGUGUGGUUUGCCAACCUGGCUGCCAAAGCCCGAAGGGAGGGCCAGAUCAGGGACAGCGUUGUUCUCCAGGGGAUUCUGAACGAACUGAACACCUUACGCUCCGAGUGCGGUGCCCUCUACGGCUAUGACUGGAUCAGUGUGCCUCUGGUCUACACACAGGUGGUCACCGUCGCCGUCUAUAGCUUCUUUCUGGCCUGUCUGAUAGGGCGGCAGUUUCUGGAUCCAGCCAAGUCCUACCCAGGCCACGAGCUAGACCUUUUCAUACCUGUCUUCACUCUUCUCCAGUUCUUCUUCUAUGCUGGCUGGUUAAAGGUGGCUGAGCAGCUCAUUAACCCCUUUGGAGAGGACGACGAUGACUUUGAGGCCAACUGGCUGAUUGAUCGGAACUUACAGGUAUCUCUUCUGGCUGUGGAUGACAUGCACCAAGACCUGCCCGUCCUGGAAAAGGACAUGUACUGGAACGACCCAGACCCCCAGCCGCCCUAUACGGCCGCGGCUGCCGAGUCCAGGCGGGCCUCCUUCCUGGGCUCCACCUUCGACAUCAGCAUGCAGAAGGAAGAGAUGGAAUUUCAGCCCCUGGAGCAAAUUAAAGAGAAUGAAGAAGCCAGCCACUCCACUCCACUGAUGGGCCCCUUCAGCCGUCUCCUGGGGGUGCAGCCACCCGGCUUCACCAGGUCUGCCUCCAGAAUGAACCUGCUGCGGAGGAGGGAUUACCCAUACCAGGAUGUGGGCAAGCCCAGAAGUGCCUGGACCUCAAUGGGCGAUUCCUCUGCACAGGCUGGUUCCAGCUUGAGGGAACAGUGGGAGAGUGAAGAUUCUAAGCUUUGGGAGCUGGACGCCUUCAUAUCCACCCCCUUCUACGAGAGGCCCGGCUUCUACAGUGCCCCCCAGACGCCCAUCAGCUCCUUCCCUCUGGUUUUCCCCCUGAGGCGUCCACCAGGCAGAAGAGGCGCUGCUCUCUCCAGCAUCCAGACCGCCUCAUCCUUCACCAAGGACAAUCGUGCCAAUUUCUGCCCAUCGCAGGCCAGCGACAUGGAUGCGAGCCAAAACUCUGUGACUUCCAGCAUGAGGGAAGGUUUCAUCUGGCCUACAGAGAGAGGCAAAACUCCCGAUGCCUCCUUGGUGGCCACCCUGGAGGACCACCUGCCCAGGAAAAACGAGGAACUUAGUGCCCCAGGGACCCCCGAGGCCCAGACCACAGCUUUAGAGAGCCCCAACGUCCUCUUUCAGGCUGCAUCUCCUGACGUGGAGAAGACGGACAACUUUAGGAGACCCAGAAGCCCCUGGCAGCCCUGGCUGGCCCUGGAGAACACAUCUCUGCUCUGUUCAGAGUCACUCCCUGCAGCAGUGGGCAGCCCCAGUGACGACCCUUCCCUGCCCAGCUCCAUCCCUCAGGCACCUCCAUUGUUCCCUCAAGUCAGGCACAACAAAGCUGCUAUGCCCGGCUCGGAUGACAAUGGACCCAGCACCCUUGGCCAGGUCUCCAUGGAAACGCCUGGGCCUCCAAAAGAUAUGGGGACUGCUGAGUACUGUUCAGGAGGACAGUUAGCCGCCACCUCCCCAGCAGCCUGUCCUGUCAAGCUUCUCCCUUCUUACGGCAGUCAGCUGUUUCUUUCAAACACAAAAGACUCAAAAUAUCCUGAACCCUCAAGCUCUCAGCCCACAUGCUAAAAGAAAAAAGAAGAAACAAAGCGAUGUGGUCCAGAGUGGUG